GACAAUUUUCCGUAUGUUCCACACGGACUUGUUUCGACAGCACACACAAUAGCCCGGGAUUGAGCUUGAGUGAGCAUGGGGGGAAAUGAAGUCAAGCAACGGAGCCAGUAAACUGGAUUUCGAGUUCAGUGUCCUAACCAGAUAACUCAUGUGGGGCAGUUUGCUGCCAAAUGGAACUACCUGCAUCCUGCAGGUGGCAGCCCAGAAGCUCCUCCACCAAGGACGCUUUCCAUCCCUCUGUCUAACCCUUCUCAAUCAGAGGCACCUUCACAGGCCUCCUGAGGCCCCAUGUCGUUUACAGCUUCAGGGUAAAGGCUGCUUCCUGCAACAAAGUGUGACCAGGGCUUAUACAAAGCAUACUAAGUAUACUGUAGAGUUUCCUGCCAGCCCCAUCAGUGUCACAGAUAUCAAACAGUAUCUGCGCACCAAAGACAUUAAGUUCCACGAUGGCUACAGCUGCCUCCACAUCCAGAGCAUUUUUGUUGACUCGUCUGCCAGGAAGGACAGCUUCUCCUUGUUCAUCGACAAAACCACCGGACAGUUUCUGUGCAAAGACACGCAGGUGGAAGGGAGCUGGGAGGAUCUCCAGGACUGCCUGGAGGUGAUGCAGAAGGAAGAGCAGGGAUUCCUCACCCCCCAUGUGCUGCUAGGAUAUCCAGAGAGUGUGGAGGAGCAGGAGCAGAGGGAGAGAGAGCUGCGGGAGGUGCAGAGGAUCUGGUCCAGCUCUGUGCCCUUCACUGACCUCCCUGAGGAUGAGGCUCACUUGAUUAAAACCAUGUUUCAGAUCUCAAAGUUCUCAAAUGCAACACUCAAGAAGUUUUCUGUGAGGCUCUUCAAACCUACCAAGAGUCUGGUUUUACCUUGGUUUGGUGGACCGGACAUCUCCUUAAAGGGGGUGAAGCUUCUCUCCGCCCAGCAAAGCUCAGACUCUGACAGAGUUAUUUAUAAUGAAGCUACCAUCCCAAAGAGUAAUUCUUACUACAACCUGUUUGGCCUCCCCCUGGUGGGCCAUAUGGACUCGGAGGUGGUGCUGACUGGACAUGAGCUGGACACUCUGGCUGUGAGUCAGGCCACUGGACUCCCCAGUGUUGCCCUUCCACGUGGGGUCACCUGCCUUCCACCGAUCCUGCUGCCUUAUCUGGAGCAGUUUAAGCGUGUGACUCUGUGGUUGGGAGGCGACAUUCGCUCCUGGGAGGCGUCAAAGAUUUAUUCGCGCAAGCUGGGUCUGAGGCGUUGCUCACUGGUGCGGCCCGGGGAGUGCCGACCUUCCCCUGUGGAGGCGCUUGCUCGGGGGAUGAACUUCAGCCAGAUCAUCAAAUCCUCCAUUCCAGCUGCCCACAAGUCCAUAGUGUCCUUCAAGCAGCUCAGAGAAGACGUGUACGGGGAGCUGGUGAACACGGACCAGGUGGCUGGAGUGAAGUGGACGAGGUUUCCAGAGCUCAACAGAAUCCUGAAGGGACACCGCAAGGGGGAGCUGACUGUGUUCACAGGUCCUACGGGCAGUGGGAAGACCACCUUAAUCAGUGAGGUAGCCCUGGACCUUUGCAUGCAGGGCGUCAACACGUUAUGGGGCAGCUUUGAGAUCAGCAACGUGCGACUGGCUAAGAUCAUGCUGACGCAGUUUGCCAUGCAGAGGCUGGAGGAAAACUUGGAGCGGUAUGAUUUCUGGGCAGACAAGUUCGAAGAGCUGCCACUCUACUUCAUGACUUUCCAUGGUCAGCAGAACAUCCGGACAGUGCUGGACACAAUGCAACAUGCUGUCUACAUGUAUGAUAUCAACCACGUCAUCAUAGACAACCUGCAGUUCAUGAUGGGCCAGGAAAACCUCACAGUAGACAAGUUUGCAGUCCAGGACCACAUUGUCGGAGCGUUCAGGAAGUUUGCCACCAACAGCAGCUGCCACGUCACUCUGAUCAUUCAUCCCAGGAAGGAGGAGGAUGACCGAGAGCUGCAGACAGCAUCCAUCUUUGGUUCAGCAAAGGCCAGCCAAGAAGCCGACAACGUCCUCAUUCUGCAGGAGAAGAAGCUGGUGACGAGUCCCGGCCGCCGCUCCCUGCAGGUGACCAAGAACCGCUUCGAUGGAGACGUGGGCAUCUUCCCCUUGGAGUUCGUCAAGUCGUCGCUCACCUUCUCGACUCCCAUCAAGGGCAAGCAAAAGCUGAGGAAGGUCCCCACCAAGCCAGAAAACGAGGAGGUCACGCCGGCGGCGAAGAAGGCAGACGUUAAGAAAGAGAAAGCGUCCGAAACAAGAAAGACUUCCCGAGCUACUAAGAGUCCUGCAACUGGAAAUGAGAACAGGCGGAAGGAAUAAAAAGAGUUUCAGUAAUGGCUCAUUUUCUCUGUUGGUUGUGGAUCACUUCCACAUUUAUAUUUGAAGGUUAGAGAGAUGCUGAGAUAUCUUGUGGCCGAUCAUAUUAGACAGUUUUAUGUCCAUAACGUAAGGUUCAACUAAGCUGAACAUCAAGUAUGUUGCAACAAUGCAAAAUGAGGUUUAUAUGUAUUAUACAGUAUAUGAAAUAACAGCUCUGAUGAUGAAGAUGAGGUGUUCGUACAUGUUAGGCUCUAACACAGUUUGUAAAAGUUUUCUAUGAAGGAACUACUGUGCAUUAAGACUGAAUUCUCUCUUGAAAUACUCUUCUUCAGUUUCAAAAACAAUACUGUGAUUCCAGGAGCUACUGUUUUCGUGUCAGUGCUCAGUAUUUCUGACACCGUCUGCUUGCCAGCACUUACAUAGUUACCAUAGUGUGCUCUCUACUGACUUUUUGUCAUACAGUUAUGAGUAACUGAAUUCCCUUUUUUAAUAAAAUGCCUGUGGUGCAGCUCACUGUCUGUUUUCAUCUGUGGUCAGCAGGGGGCAGUGUGUGCUUUAUAGAUGACAGUUCACUACAGAGAGAGGCUGAUGAGAGUGAAAUAUCACUGACUUAAUUCAUCUAUUUUGCCUCGUGACAGGAAAUGGUUAAUUAUGCACUGUUCAUUACUGUACUGUAGUCCUCUUAUGUGAUUGCUUUUCAUAUAAAUCUUCUAGUUGGA